UGACAUCCGCGAUGAAAAAGAGCACAAGAUCGGAUUACAAGAUGGCGGUCCGUGGACGUUAGCAAGAAGGCCAUCAGAGUUGUUUCUUUAAAUUUCUCAGUUUGAAAUCAGACUGUCUAUUUGGAUUUAUAACCGCAAACGUGAUAUGUUUGCGAGAUAUAUUCGACUACUACUGUAAACGUCAACCUAGACUGGCAUGUUUUGUAACAUGCAGGUGGGAACAAAGUUAACAGGUCGAGGAAAGCAGUAAACGGGGUGAGGUGAUAGCUUAGCAGCCUGCUAGCUCCGAUUCGAUUAGCCAUGUCGGACACUCGGCGGCGAGUAAAGGUAUACACGCUAAAUGAAGACAGGCAGUGGGACGAUCGGGGUACAGGUCAUGUUUCAUCUACGUUUGUGGAACGACUGAGGGGAAUAUCACUGCUAGUUCGAGCCGAAUCGGACGGAUCUUUGUUGUUGGAAUCAAAGAUAAGUCCGAAUACUGCAUAUCAGAAACAACAGGACACACUGAUUGUUUGGUCAGAAGCGGAUAAUUACGAUCUUGCUCUAAGCUUCCAGGAAAAGGCUGGCUGUGAUGAGAUUUGGGAAAGGAUCUGUCAGGUACAAGGCAAAGACCCUGCUCUGGACAUCACUCAGGAUCCCAUCGAUGAAUCAGAGGAGGACCACUUUGAGGAAAUUCCAGAGACAAGCCACUUGGUUGAGCUCCCGCCAUGUGAACUAGGUCGACUUGAGGAAAUCGCUGACCUGGUUACCUCUGUUCUCUCCUCACCCAUUCGGCGCGAAAAACUUGCACUGGCUCUAAUGAGUGAGGGCUACAUAAAGAAACUGCUGGGUCUCUUCAGAGUAUGCGAGGACCUGGACAACAGAGAAGGCUUGCAUCACCUCUAUGAGGUUGUGCGGGGAGUCUUGUUCCUCAACAAAGCUGCCCUUUUUGAGGUGAUGUUCUCGGAUGACUGUAUCAUGGAUGUGGUAGGUUGCCUUGAGUAUGACCCAGCAUUGGUUCAGCCUAAAAGACAUCGGGAGUUCUUGACCAAGACCGCAAAAUUUAAGGAAGUGAUCCCGAUUACGGACUCUGAGCUGCGGCAGAAAAUCCACCAGACCUACAGAGUUCAAUACAUCCAGGACAUAAUACUGCCUACACCCUCAGUGUUUGAGGAGAACUUCCUGUCCACCCUCACGUCCUUCAUUUUCUUCAACAAAGUGGAGAUUGUCAGUAUGUUGCAGGAGGAUGAGAAGUUCCUAACAGAGGUCUUUGCACAGCUUACAGAUGAAGCCACAGAUGACAGUAAAAGGAGAGAGUUGGUGAACUUUGUCAAGGAAUUCUGUGCUUUUUCCCAAACUUUGCAACCACAAAACAGGGAUGCCUUUUUUAAAACCUUGGCAAAUUUGGGGAUUUUACCUGCUCUGGAAAUAGUAAUGGGAAUGAAUGACCUACAAGUACGGGCAGCAGCUACAGACAUCUUCUCUUACCUGGUGGAAUUCAGCCCCUCCAUGGUCAGAGAGUUUGUCAUGCAGGAGCCUCAGCAGACGGAUGACGAUGUUCUGCUGAUAAAUGUGGUGAUCAAGCAGAUGAUCUGUGACUCAGACCCAGAGUUAGGAGGAGCUGUUCAGCUGAUGGGCCUUCUCAGGACUCUCAUUGAUCCUGAAAACAUGCUGGCUUCCACCAAUAAAACAGAGAAGACUGAGUUUCUGAGUUUCUUCUACAAGUACUGCAUGCAUGUGCUCACUGCUCCUCUGCUGGCCAACACGGCACAUGACAAGACCACGAAAGAUAUUGAUGUUUCAGAUCAGCAAGACGGAUCCACAAAGAUCAACCCUGUCUGUCCAGACAACUUCCAGACAGCUCAGCUGUUGGCUCUGAUCCUGGAGCUGCUCACUUUUUGCGUGGAACACCACACCUACCACAUCAAGACUUACAUCAUGAACAAAGACCUGCUCAGGAGAGUGCUGGUGCUCAUGAACUCGAAGCACACCUUUCUUGCUCUUUGUGCCCUGCGUUUCAUGCGCAGAAUCAUUGGUUUGAAAGAUGAGUACUACAACCGCUACAUCAUCAAAGGGAACCUGUUUGAGCCUGUCAUAAAUGCCCUGCUGGACAACGGCACUCGAUACAACCUCCUCAACUCAGCCAUCAUUGAGCUCUUUGAGUUCAUUAAAGUGGAGGACAUCAAAUCACUCAUCGCUCACAUUGUGGAUAACUUUUACAAAGCACUUGAACCCAUUGAGUAUGUUCAGACCUUUAAGGGCCUGAAAGGGCGUUACGAACAGGAAAAAGACAGACAGAGUCAGAGACUCAACAGAUAUCGCAGAGAUGCGCGAUCGCUGGAUGAAGAUGAAGAGAUGUGGUUCAAUGACGAUGAGGAUGAUGAAGAUGGAGAGUCAACGGAGAAAAGGAUGGAGGAUGACUUCUCUGACAGCUACGGCAAGUUCAUGGAAACCAAAAAGGGUGCUGCCAACGGAGCAAAUGGUGCCAAUAAUGGGAAGGCAGCUGCAAUCCCUCCUGCUUCUCCGGUCGUCACUCCAAACAGCAGUCCGUCGUCCUCCGUCAAAACAGUUGCUCUGCCUCCUACGUGUGUUGUGAAGCCCAGUCUUGUCGUAGGUUUGGUGGAUUAUCCUGAUGAUGAAGAUGAAGAAGAUGACGAAGAGGAGGAAGAUCAGUCUCCAAGAAAACGACCCCGUUUGAGCUCUUAAAGUCAAUUUGCCGUUGUGGAUGGACACAAAGUCCCUCCAAACCCUUCUCCUUCGGUCCUCGGUCUGCCUGUGCCAUCUGUCGGUCUGGAGGACGAGCACCCGCCUUACCCAGAACUCGGCUGCACUGUUCUCCAUCUGUUGGAGUUGUAGGGGAGUUCUCCCCUGGAUAGGCAGAUCAUUGUGAUCCUCAUGGCUGUUGGUUUUGUUUUUAUUUUUUUCUUAAUGCUUUUUCUUUUGGCCUUUCCUGGAAGAGCCAACCCUCCUAAAAACUAAAGAUUCUGCUUUCUUAUACCUCGGGAAAACCUCUUUCUGUUCUCCUUGUUUUCAUUUUCCCCUGUUAUCCUCCAAUUUCUACAUACCAACCAGAGGCUGUUGGAAGUCUUUGCCAGAGUGGUUCCCGCUUCCACUGCGUUGCUGUUGCAACCGUGGCGAGGAGUCUGUAGCAGCCAAGGAUCACACGGCGGUUCUCAUGUGAACUUAUCGCUCUCCAGCCACACCAAUGAGCUCCAGAGGCACAGGAAGCAACACAACCAGCCAGUGUACAAACCAUCGAGCUGGCCAGUCAGGCUAGCAGGACUAGCCAUAGUAGAAGUAGAAAGCUUGACUGGCUGAAGCCGUGUGUUUGCUACCCUGCCACAGAACCAUUUCUUACUAGUUUUAUCAGAAAGAUGGGUCUAGGCAGCUUAAAAUAAUACCGACUAGAGAAAGAAAGUGGAAAAAAACGGCAAACUCCUGGUCUGCUUAGUCCACUGGAGCAGGACUCGAACCUUAAAAGCCAUGGCGAAAGUUUCAAGUGAAGGCACACAAGACAAACAUCGUCUCACAAGACUGUGUUAGCCAGAAGUCCUGUAUUUCAUGAGUUUGUCAAAGUACUGUACAGUUCUUUUUCUUCCCCUUUUUAAUCAUUUAUUGCUGUGAUUUAGAAAGGGAUUAGAGACACCCACCUGCUUGUACUUUUUUUUUUUUUUUUUUUGG